AUGGGCCUUACUACGGACAACGGACUUAGCGAAAAUCGCGAACGCGCCGGGCCGGAACGUCACCGGUGGCGUGAGAAGCCGCCGCAAGACGCGCCUCACGUGCUUGCCACGCGACUACCGGUCAUGGAGGAAUGCGACUCUCGAUCUUAUCUCUCAGCAACACCGCCACCCCGACGCCCGACGACCGACACCGACACCGACACCGACACCGACAAUCUUUUGGACAACAUCGCCACUCCUUCAAACUCGCAACUCGCUCGCACCCAGUCAAGAGGCAAUUCCCUGGACCUCGAUUACGACGAAUGCCAACGCGUUCAGGCGUGUAUUGACGCGGCCAUCCGGCCGGGUCAAGGUACGCCUCAUGCUCGUUCGGAUUCUCCGGAUCUCGCCGCCGUUACUGACCAUCAGCAAUUCCUUCUCAGUCUAGGAGAUCCUUAUCACGCCCGCCUCUUCACUCGACCACUGCGCGGUGGGGAAUGGACGCCCCUCGAAGACUCGAUCGCCCAUCUCCCAACGGGGAUGCGCAGGCUACUCGGUACGUACGGCACUUUCGAAGUAACACUCACCACCUCAGACAAUAGGCGGACGCGUGUCCUCGUCACCUUGGCGCACCCUCGAACGGCUCCCGAACACACGCCCUCGCCGGAUUUGGCCCGACUCCAUCAAGAACCCACCGAUAUAGAUCACCGGCACGAACUCGACUUACCUCAUGAAGCCUCAUCCGGCAGGAUCGACUCACGCGAACAUCUUCAAGCACCCGGCCCAUCCGACAACAGCGAUCCUCUCCAUCUUUCGUCUUCCCCUCUCGACCUCCCCCAUGCUCACCGCGGCAGAAUCGUCGAACUCGACGAUGCCGGUGAGUACAUCGGCAGCACGCAAACGUUAUCCGACUCAAACAUCUCUAGGCACCCGGCGCGUCCAUUGCUCCAUAGGACAAUAGCUGGCAGAUCGCCGCCAGCGGGCGCCUCGAUUCUCGAACCAACGAUCUCUACCACCACCAGCGACACCAGCGAGCCCCCACCAGUCGAAGCCUACCAUGAACGCCACCCCGACUCGCGAACCGAAGAGAUGCCCGCUACGCCUAGGUCUCGGCUUUGCGAGCGCGGACGAUCGUCGCCGGUACGUACCGUUGCAGAAUCUUCGAGGACAUCGGUGAUUUACGAUGUUUCCUUGAAGAUUCAGUCGUUAGGUAUGUGCCGGGCGAAGAUACGGAGCCGCUCGCAGCGAGACCGAUGGGUAGAAACCCCGAACCUCGUACGCUCGACUCAAGACCCCGGACGACUUGCCGAGCACCUCAACGCGGCCGCCCUGUUUCUAGAAGAAGUACACCCGCCUGACGGAUCGGACGCGGUACUGUACAUCAUCGUUGCACCCUCUCCCUACGCUAACGAACCAGACGACUCUCCAGCCGACGGUAGCGGAACAAAUACACCGGAUCGACUACAGGACGUACCUCCCGAAGAUCCCCGCAGAUGGCCGCCGUCCUUUCGACGCUCCGACCAGAUGCCGCACUCCCCUUGCGAGCGGGACACGGGGUUACCACCAGACGGACCUAGCGAGGAUAUUAGAAGCACGGAGGACGCGAUAACGAGGUAUACCCGGUACCUCAUAUCACGUACUCCGCAGGCUAAUCCGAGCGAUGUUCCUUUCCUGCAGCACGUUCGGUACCGCUCUGCCGAGAUUGGAAGCCGUCCGUUCGCGACACGACCAAACGGAGACGAGGCGUCGACAUCGCGAAACCUCACGCACCACCCAGACAAUACCGCGGACGACUCCCGAAGGCAAGAUACCCACUUCGACUCCCGAACCAGGGCGCUGCGCAGGACGAUCGGUGAGCAUACUCCGACUCUCGACGAGAAAGGACGGCCCCACUCGAAGGCAAGACUGUGGAAUCGCCGCUUGUCAAGCUCGCUAUGCUAUCCUACGGCCUUCCUCGGCAACCCAUACGACUCACUCACGGAACCAGCGGUCCAGGCUCUCACGACGAGCAUAAAAGCUCAGUCUAUCAAACUGCACGCCUCACUCGAAUCCGCCCCCUAUGUCUCAUGCGCAACCCAAGAUUCCGACGACGAACCUCACGCUCGAUGCGUACCCGUCUCCGCCUCAAGAAACGACUUCUCAACUGGAUUCUUCGCCCUCGACGACUCUCUCGCAACGGCCCACACCCGGCUCCAACGCGACAGUCAACGGACCGCUCGAUAUAGGACUCAAGGACAAUAUGAUGUACGCUACUCGUACCCCCCUCUCUGA